AUGUUGGAUUAUAAUAUAGUUGCGUGUAUCGCAAGUGUAGUGUUGUAUGUUAUUAUUCAUAAAAAGAACCGCAAAAUCAAACGAAGAUAUUGGGUCAGACCAAGUCUACGAAAUAGGCCUAAUGUGUCCCUGAUACUUGAAGAUUUUAGAAAGGACGACAUAAAGCGAAGAAAUAUUCGUUCGAAAUUUAACACUUUUCUAAGGAUCUCUAGUGAAGAAUUUGAAAUAUUACUGAAUUUAACUGGACCCAUGAUAUCAAAAACUGACACCCGCUGGAGAAAUGCUGUGUCAGCUUCCGAUCGACUAGCAAUUACUUUGAGAUACCUGGCUACAGGAGACUCUUAUUUUUCACUCGGUACACUGUUUAAAGAGUCUCCACAAUUUAUUUCUUUAAUAAUUCCAGAGAUUUGUCAAGCUUUGAUAUCUACAUUAUCCAAUUAUUUAAGGAUGCCGAAUACACAGGGAGAAUGGCUAUCAGUGGCUCGGAGUUUCAUGCAGAAAUGGAAUGUACCUAAUUGCGUAGGUGCCCUCGAUGGGAAACAUAUACGUAUACAAUGUCCAAAUAAUAGCGGUUCUGAGUUUUUUAAUUAUAAGUCAUAUUUCAGUAUUGUUUUGUUAGUUUUAAUCGAUGCCAAUUAUAACUUUUUAUACGUGGACAUUGGAUGUCAGGGCAGAAUAUCUGAUGGUGGAGUUCUACGAAAUUCAACUUUAUUUGAUAUGAUACGAGAUGGAACUUUAAGUCUGCCACAAGCGAUUCCAUUACAAGGGAGAAAUACACCUGUACAUUUUUAUUUCAUCGGUGACGAUGCUUUCCCAAUCUCACAGAAUAUAAUAAAACCAUUUUCUGGAUAUCAUGCAAAAGGAUCACCUGAGAGGGUUUUUAAUUAUAGAAUUAGUCGCAGGCGCAUGGUUGUAGAAGACGCGUUUGGUAUUUUAUCUAAUAAAUUCAGAAUUUUGCAUUCACGCAUUGGUUUACAAAAUGAGAAAGCAAAAAUUGUCGUGAUGGCUUGUGUGCAUCUGCAUAAUUUUAUGAAGAGAAAUGAAAGAACUACUGAUGGAGUUUUGAACGAGGAGCAACAAAAUAUUCCACAGAUCGCUCUAAACCAAGAACCAAGUGUAAUUAGAAAUGAGCUAAAAUGUUAUUUUCUAUCGAAACAAGGUUAG